AUGCGCAGUGCGACGCCACUUGUGACGACGCAUCGUCACGUUGCGGCAGCCAGGAUUUCUUUGCGAUUGAUUCAUUACAUGCUAUCAGAAUGGUGCGAUGUUGCUGAAGUGGUGGAGUGUAAAAUGGGCGGUUUCCCUAAUCCACGUAACUGCAGCAAAUGUGUCUGUCCUGGUGGUUAUGGUGGAGAUCGAUGCGAUGAAAGAGUAGGAAAAUUAUCAGUCGACUGCAAGAACAUUGAAUAUCAGUUAUCUAUAUCUAUUAAGCCAGAGGGCAGCUGUGGAAGUACAAUUAAAGCAACGUCGAACUGGACCAAUUUCACAAUUGCUCUAGGAGAUCCGACUGAUCCUGAGCUCAAAGAGGACUUCACCAACUGUACCUACUGGAUUGAACUUUCCCGUGAAGCCACACGCAAAUGUGUGGACUAUCCAACCUGCCCACCUUAUGCUGACACUGUUAAAACCUGCUAUGAUCAAUCCUAUAUAACCUUUUGCCCGAAAUUAUGUAAUCUGUGCAAUGCUCCUCAGUCUACCAACACCGCCGCCGGAGUUCGUCAUUCUCACAAAAAAUAA